AUGGAUUCUCUACCAGUCAACCCGGGGCGUGAGGAGAAAUCGUGGGCCCGAAAUAAGUCUCCAUCGGCUGCAGCGGAAAAGGAUAAAAAGAAGCCAAAAGACAAAAAGAAAAAAGAGGAAUCAGGAUCCAGUAGUAGUGAUAGCAGUGGCAGUUCAUCUGACAGCAGCUCUUCAAGAUCAUCGUCACGGUCAUCUUCUAGCAGCUCAGGGAGUUCAUCUCGCUCAUCUUCAUCUUCGAGUUCAUCAAGCAGCAGUAGCAGUAAUAAUGAUCGAACUAGACCAAAGAAAAAGACUUCUCCAAACAAGAGCCCAGUAAAGGAUCGUCGCGAACCAGAGAAAAUUCGAGACCGAUCACCAGCUGCUGAGAAAAAAAAAUUGACCUUGCCAGUCACAAAUGACAAAGUGAAAACUAAAGAAAAGCAAGAACGAUCUCCUGGUCGCAAAAAGCGAGAACGAUCACCGCCACCGAGACCAACUCGUAUACAUAUUGGGCGCUUAACAAUGAAUGUGACAAGGGACCACAUAAAUGAAAUAUUUUCUACAUAUGGUACUGUAAAAGCCGUAGAGUUCCCAAUGGAUAGGCUGCAUCCACACAAUGGUCGUGGUUACGCUUAUGUUGAGUUCAGCAAUGCAGAUGAAGCAGAAAAUGCUAUGAAGCAUAUGGAUGGAGGUCAGAUCGACGGACAGGAAAUCACUGCAGCACCGGUGCUGAUACCCACCCGACCGCGCCGCCCGUCGCCCCGUCCCCCGCCUCGCCACGCCCCACCCAGGCGACACUCGCCGCCACGGUACAGGCGCCGCAGCCCGCCACGGCGCCGCUCGCCGCCGCCUCCCCGUAGGCGCCGCACUCGGUCGCGUUCCCCGCGCCCGGUGCCGCGCCGCCGCCGCUCCAGCUUGCAAAAUGGGAAC